GAAGUCGAGGACACGAGUGGCGAUGGUGCAUGCGACAGCGGCAUCGGCGGUCCCAACCUCGCUUGUCCUGAGAGUACCAGCGGGCUGGUUGUCGGCCCGGAAACAUCGCCGAGAGUAAUGGAGUGCGGUGGAUGCGGCGAGCGAGUACGCGAACGAACUAUCCUCUGCGUAGGCGGACGUACGUGGCACUCCAGGUGUCUGAGGUGUAGUGCUUGUGCCAGGCCAUUGCACGAUCAGCACUCGUGCUUUCAGAGAGGCAUGCGAGUGUACUGCAGACAUGAUUACGAUCGAACUUUUGGAGCAAAGUGCGCGAAAUGCGGGCGCAGCGUAGGCGCUGGAGAUUGGGUGAGAAGGGCUAGGGAAAGGGUUUAUCAUCUGGCCUGCUUCGCAUGCGACGCUUGCUCGCGUCAGCUGUCGACCGGUGAGCAAUUCGCCCUCCUGGACGCCCGAUUGCUUUGCAAGGCGCACUAUCUCGACGUCGUCGAGGGCAACAACACUUCUUCCGAUGAAGGCGGUGACUCCGAGAGUGGUCACAAGGGCGGCAAUAAAGCGAAGAGAGUUAGGACCACUUUUACCGAGGAGCAGCUUUCCGUUCUCCAAGCGAAUUUUCAAUUGGAUAGUAAUCCCGAUGGGCAGGACCUUGAAAGGAUAGCGCAUGUAACUGGACUCAGCAAGAGGGUAACGCAGGUGUGGUUCCAAAAUUCUAGAGCAAGGCAGAAGAAACAUCUUCACACAGGCAAAAUGAAGGGACAACACGUGCAUCAAUCGCCACCGAAUUCUACCGCGUCGCCCGAUUUCGGUCGUCACAUCAACUUACAUCUAACAUACUCGUUUCAACAUCAGCAACAGCAUCAACAGCAACAACAACCACAGCUUAGUCCAGCCACGUGUAAGAGCCCGACAGGCUCCAUUUAUCACAAUCAUGGGUCGGAGCAAUCGAUGGACGAGCUCUCGCAAGACUCGAUGCUACUAUCUAUGCCGAAUGAGGUUUAA